AUGCGCUACCAUACAGCAUCAGCAGGUUUGAAUGUGAAAGGCGUUUCAGAUUGGAGUUACCAAGUGAGUACACCUGAGGGGAAGUCAUACUAUGUGGAUCUUCAGAAGAAGACAUGCUCCUGUCAGCAGUUUCAAAAGUUGCUGAUCCCUUGUCCUCAUGCACUGGCUGCGGCAAGGAUAAACGGUGUACACAUCCCAACACUGGUUGGAGAUGUUUACAAACUGACAGUCUUCCAUGCUGCAUAUGAGCAGUUCAUAUUCCCUGUACCAAAUCAGGGUGAUGCAGAAGUCCCUGAAGUUGUGGAACAGGAGCAAUUCAAUCCGCCAAGGAAUCCUCCUGGUCCAGGAAGGAGAAAGAAACGUAGGAUUCCCUCAGCUGGAGAACAUGUGGCUUCCUAUGGUUUGUCUAUAUCUCAGGGAGGAAAGCGGAGAAAGGGUGGUCCUCAUAAGUGUUCAAUAUGCUAUGAAACAGGACAUAACAGGGCCACUUGCUCUAAUCCUGCUGUAUAA